GACCACAAGCACGACGCUGCCGUCGUCGCCAUCGUCUCGCAGUGGUUGUUUUGCGCAACGUCGAACAGUUAAAUGCCGACAAUGAUCCGUAAAAGUGAUUUGGAAACGGAGAAUUUUUAGUUAAGUUUUUGUUUUUGCGUGCGCAGUUUUUUUUGUCCCCCCGAAAGACACGACAAAAAAAAAAAAUAAAGGAGAAGAAAAAAGAGGAAAGGCAAAAAAAAAAAAAUCCGUAUCAAAUGAUAACCACAACAAAACCGCGGACCGACUCGGAAAUAGAAAUGUCAGAAAAAUAUGUGUAAAUAUUCCAAAAAAAAUAUUUGAUGUGAAAUAUUCGACAAAAAAAAGUAAACAAAACAAAAAUAUAUUUAAAAAUUGCGUCAAGAAGAAGAAGAAGAAGCAAAAAAAUAAAAUUAAAUGAUAUGAAAGUGAAUUGGCCGCCAGGAAGUGUUGGAAAAAAAUAAUAAUAAAUAAAUAAAAAAAAAUAUCAAAGAGAUAAAAAAAGAAAAAGCAAUAAGUUUGGGGCAAGAUAAGGCGCCUGUUGUAUUUAAUGAAAAGAGAGAGUGAGCAAGAGAGUGCAAAAUCAAGAGAAAUGUUUUCGAUAUUGCAAAAAUAAAAAUUAAUGAAGAAAUGAAUGUUUCUAAUUAAAAAUAGUUAGUUUUUUUUUAAUAAAAAAAUAAGAAAUAAAUAAAAAUAUAAACAAUUCUUUUUUUGACAAAAUAACAGAAAAUAUGUGCCCAGCAAGGAGCUAGCUACAACAUUACCACCACACAACACUGGCAACAAGAGUAAUAACAACAGCAGCAACAACAAUAAUAACAACAUUGGCAAACCAGCCAUUCUCCAACACUCAUACAAACCCCAGCAAUUGCAGAUAAACAAGAAAACCCCCCUCUCUCAGUACUCAUUUGUAACAUUUUAAUUUGUGUGUGAGCGAGAGAGAGAGUUGAAACCAAACAAAAAUAACAACUGAGCCCAGAGCCAGAGAGAGAGAGUAACUGUUAACCGUGUGAGAGUGGUGCCGACAACAGCUCCAAUAGGAAAAUAAAUAGGCCACCCAUGACUUGUCAAUGAUUGAAUCAUUCCUGCCCCGCGCCAACUUUAGCUAAAGCCUGCAAAAACCACACAUCCCCGCUAAUCCGAAAAUGAAUUCAUCAAAGGACGCAAAGGUCUCGGCCAAGGCCCAAAAGAAACAGCAAAAAUCAAUUAAAAAACAACAGCAGCAACAACAACAACAACAAAACAAAACCAAAGACCAAGACGAACAAACGUUAAGUAAAAAUCAACGAAAUUCCCUGCAGGCCAACAACAAAUCCCAGAAGAAUGGCAACCCUGUCGUUGUUGUCGUCAAUCACAAUAACAAUAAUGUUGUGACAGAAAAUAAUAAUAACAACAACAACAACACCAACACUAACAAUAAUGUUAGCCAAAAAUUACGUGAAUAUCAUGAACAACAACAAUUGCUAAAACAACAACUAGCCGCCAAUAAAUCCCUGAUUCCGGGCUAUGAAAAUGGUCCGCCCAAAUUUGAGAGAUCCGGAAGCUUUUCGUUGAGAGGCAAACUCUCCAAACUCAUCAAUUCCAUAACCAGCAGCAAAGAGAAUCUAAGCAAAGCUGAGGAGGAUGCGGGCGGAGAGCUGCCCUACAAAUUCAGCCGCAGUCGUUCUAUGAUUUUGCCAAGGCGCACAAAUCGCCGAAGUCUGAUAGAACCUCAGCUGGAACAGCUGUCAGAGGAGGCUGAUGCCUCCUCGCCGGCCUCGCCGCGUAAAAAUUCCGUGGAAAAUGUGGAUAUAACCCCACUGAGGCCAACAGAAGCAACCACUACUGCCGCCGCCACCUCAACCCCUGUGGACUCAACGGCCGGCAAUAAGCCCCGGAAAACCUCCACCCCUGUUCUGCUGGCCUCCGAUCCCAAUUUCGAUCCCAUUGCCAAUUUCAAGAGACGCCGCUCCAACACCUUUAUGUCCUCCUUCAAAAGCACCCUGGCCGGCCUAACGGGUGGCGGCGAAAAGAAAAAGGAGAAACUCAACGACAAAUGGCGGGCCUCGCUGCAAUCCCUGCAGGCCAUCGACAACAUGGUCAGCUAUGAGAACAUGUCCUUCAUCGAUUACGACAAAUUCAAUGGCUACGAAAAACAGCUGGAGCGUAAACUCUCCCAAAUCAGUCUCAUGGAUCCGGCACUCAAUUCGGCCUCGACGAUGGCGGACACCACCACCAACACCCACAUCUCCGACAACAGCUCCUUCGUCAUGCCAUCGCCCGUUGGCACACCAGCAAACGUUUCGGCUCCCUCACCAUUUGUUACGCCGCAAACGGUAGUGCGACGUCGCAAAACGUCACAAACGUCGUUACACGGUUCCGCUCGUAAGCUGGCCGAACGUCGCAGUGCGUCGCGCAAUAGCUUUACGCUAGACUCAGACUACGAGCACAAUCUGGACCAAAUGCGUAACGUGUAUCGGGAUAGUUUGGAUUCGCGCAAGCUGGAGCUGUUGAAUGAGAAGUCGCGGAAUUCGUACAGUAUGGACAGUGAUCUGUUCGACAUAUUGGAUUUGGCCGGCCAGGACGAGAGGAAGCGAGGUGGCGGCGCCCACCAGAGGGCUGCGUAUCGGCGUAAUUUUAGUCAGACGAGUGGAAGAGAUGUUGUCGAUGCUGUGACGGCGAACAGUGGAGCUAGUUUACAGGUAUUUAUUUAUACAAAAAAUUUCCCUUUAGCUGUUCUGCAAUUUUCCAAUUUUGAGAGAAAAUCAAAGUGCAGUUUUCCAUUUAUUUGCUGAUCAAACGUCAACCCAAAAAUCCAUUACGAAUGUUAAGUAAUCAAAAACUUGUGAUAUGUGAAGCAACCAACAAAACAUAAAAGUUCUCCAAAAGACGACGAAGAAAAAGACGGAAGCGAAGUACCACCAUCACCAAACCACGUCACCAUUCAAUCAGUCAGCCUGUCAGCCAACCAAAAAACGAAAAAAAAGAAAAUCUCAAAAUAUUUUUUUUUAUUUCAAAUCAAAUCAAAAAGUCAAUAUACUUUGCAUAGGUAAGUAGCUCUAGAGCAAAAAAAAACAAAAACCUAGAGAUCUCUGGCACAGCUGCCUAAAAAUAAGCCACAUUCUUUGCCCACACAUAUUCAAACAGCUGGAAAAUGAAAUCUCCUUAGCUGGGCUUCCCCCAGAGGUAUCUUCGUUAAGAGAGGUGGAAAUGGGUGGGGUGGUUUGUUUUCUUGGCCUUGGCAAAGCAUACUUUUAGGCAACAUGACGUAAGAGAAACUUCUUACAUUACCUACCUCUCUCUCCCUCACCCUCCCACACCCUUCACAUUUAUUUAGUGGUUUGUAAUUUUAAAUUGACAGCAGGUGUUUCCCUGGUUUGGCGCAAAAUUCUCUAAAACAUUGGCAUGUCUUUGGCUCAGCUGUCUGUAUGUCUGUCUGCCAGUUCUGCCAACUAAAAACAAUCUUUUAGUGAAAUUGCCAACAAACUCAAGGCAAAACUACACCUUGGCCCAGAAAACAAACCUAUCCAUUUAUUCCACACACAUUUCUUCCAACUCUGUUUAGACACCCUCUUUUUGCCGAACCAUAAAUCACUGGCAUAUUGGAAAUCUAACAUUAGAUAGUUCGGUCGACUUCCUGCCAGGCGGGUGGGUAAUUAUAAAAAUCCUUUUAAUUGCCACCAAAAGAAAGGUGCAUCCUUACGACGUAAUUGCAGUCGUUUUUUUUUUUUUUUGUUUUCGUUUCUUUCGAAAAGAAAAACUUCUUUGCCAAUCGUGUAAUUUAUUGAUCAAACUUUGAGGGCAUUGCUAAAAAAGGGGUUUGUUUUCAAGACGCCACAAAGUAUGCAAUAGAAAAUGUUUUAAAGAAGGUAAUUAAAAGUAGAAAAAAAAAGAGAAAAAUACAAAUU